AUGGCACCACAUGAAGGACUUGUCCACCUGAAAGAAUACGACGUCAAAGACAGCAACGUCGAACUAAUCGGUAGCGACAUCGACCACAAGGUCAAGUUCAACUCAGCCGCGACUGAACCGGCCUGGAACGACGGCCAGAUCGGCGCACAGCCGGGCUUGCAUAUCUGGCGAAUUGAAGAUUUCCACGUCGUUGCGUGGCCCAAGAACCAAUAUGGACAGUUUUACGAGGGGGACAGCUACAUAGUGCUUUAUUCUUACUCAGUUAAGGACAAGGACGGAGGCUCGGCGGAUAAAUUAGGCCACGAGAUCUUUUUCUGGCUUGGAUCCAAGACGAGCCAGGACGAGGCUGGCACAGCGGCAUACAAGACGGUGGAACUGGACGAGUUUCUCCACGGCGCAGCUAUCCAGCAUCGCGAGACACAACAGUAUCCCUCGGAGGAAUUCGUGGCCCUGUUCCCUAGAUUGUCGAUCAAAAGGGGUGGCGUGGCGUCUGGAUUCCGUCAUGUCGAAGAAGAUCCAUCGGCCAAGGAAAUUACAACCUUGCUGCGCGUCUUCAAACACCCGGCCGCUGGUCGUGCCGACUCUCUGAUCGUGCACGAAGUUGAGCCUACCUGGCAGAGCCUGGACGACAAUGAUGUCUUUAUCCUGGACAAAGGUGACAAAAUCUGGGUAUGGCAGGGCAACAAGUGCAGUCCGAUAGAAAAGGCCAAGGCUGCACAGGUCGUCCACGACCUGAUACUCGCCAAACACGUUGAUGUCGAGGUUCUAUCCCAGGCCGAAGCACGAUCGAGAGUCGUCGUUAGCUUGUUGGGAGGUAAGGACGUCGACCAGCUCUCGUUUCAAGCUUCUCGACCCCUUCGAUCUUCUUCUGGUCAGCAACCAAGCGGAGAGACGACGGCACGGCCGAAGCGGCUUCUCAGAAUUAGCGAUGCCUCCGGACAGUUACGCUUCGACCUGGUCAAGGAGAACCAGACUGUCAGAGGAUCUGAUCUCGAUGGUAAUGAUGUUUUUAUAUUUGAUACUGGGAAGAAAAUCUGGGUCUGGGAGGGAUCGCAGGCGACCCGAAGCGAAAAGGCUUCAUGGAUCCAAUUCACACAAGCGUAUAUUCGUUAUGUCCAGGAAAGCGCUGCGGAUUCAGAGGCUGCUGUUGCACCUGUGGCCAAAGUUGUCCAAGGGAACGAGAACGCGGCAUUCUUGAAGGCCAUUUCUGUAUAG